GUUAUGUCAUUAAAAAAAACCGAAGCUGUCUGCACACAUUUACCCGCAGUUUAUUACCGAAUUUAACGCCACCGAUAUCUCAGAUAAACGCGAUAUAUCGCAUAUCCAGUGCAAACAGGUUUAUUUGUUAUGAAAGAAGACGCACUGUGAUGAAUGAGCAGUAGAGGACGCAGGUGAAUUAAUCCUCUGAUGCUCAUGAUGCGCUUAGUAAAUCCUGCACUAUUAACAUGUCGACACGUCAGAGUCAGACUGACCGGGAAUAUUACAUUUCUCCUGAUGAUGAGGGAAAACACGAAGCUCACAGUACACGCGAGCGAUGCGACAGACAGGCUACCGAAACAGAUGCCAAAUACCUGGAGCAGGAAAGCCCUGUGGAAUCUGUUGUGAUAAAGGAGGUUUCAGCUCAUGACUCUAUGCCAUCCCUUGCGAUUUCAGGAUCAAAGCAUCAAUUUUUUGAGGGUUUAAACUUUGUCACCAAAGAACAGCCAGAGCUAAAUCUUCAAUGCUAUACACAAACACCAACUUUGGCCUUCACAUAUGAGUCCACACCCAGUCAAAGACCCUUUGAAAUAAACCAGGACACACAAAACUGGACAUCAGAUUUAUUUUUUCAACCGGACAAGCAAACUGGUGUGAAUCUGUUGAAUCGGAGAGGUGAGGAAGCUGAGUGUUACGAUUUAGAGGAAAUGAUUCCAGCUGUGGUGAUCACUCAACCAGAGGAGGACUUGAACCAGUCAGAGAACACAAUGUUAUCUACGGUGGACAUGGUAUCCAGUAAUGUCAGUCCCAGCGAUAGCACCGAGUUCACCAGCAGUGAUCUGCAGUCUCUGAAGAGCGACACUGUAUCUCUCAUCUCAGGCAAAAGUGAUGAUCAAGAGGGGCCUGAAGAAGACACACAGAGCGUCACAGCAUCUUCUGUUAUGUCACUGUUUCAUCGGAUGCAGAUGGAUCCCGUUGAGAAGGAAUGGUUACGAUGUGCGGCUCUAGGAAAAUAUUCUGCCCUGUACAUACUCCUGCAGCAAGACAACACCCUUGUCUCCAAAAAGACGGCGCUCCACUGGGCGGCCAAGCAGGGCCGCGUGGAGAUGGCGGACAUGAUGGCGCGCUGUGGAGCGGACGUCAACCAGAGAGCGGGUUACACGCCACUUCAUCUCGCCUCUCUACAUGGACACUCCAACAUUAUCCAACUCUUGAUCAAUAACUACAAUGCCAAAGUCAAUAUCAGGGACUAUCAUGGCAAGAGAGCAGCUCAUUACUGGAACGGCAACAUGGAUAUUUUUUGCAAACACGGAUCGCAUUCUGGUGGCAGAUGGUCAGGAGGGAGGCGGGGCCAAUGUUACGCUCAGCUGUCAGCCCUUCUGUCUCGCUCACGGAGUCACAGCAACAUCAGUGUGAUGGGCGCCAGUCCUAUAAUCCGCAAGAACCAAUCACCUUCUCCCUGAUACCAAACAAACCCUCAUAAGCAUGUACUGUAUGUCAUGUAUUAAUGCCAUAUCAAACAACCAAUAUCAAUUACAGGUUUCAAUUUGACAUCUUUAACCAGGUCCAAAAAUGAAAGAGGUGUUAAAAAACCUUAAGAAACAAGAAAACGUUUGUAGCUAUGGAAUAUAGAAAAUUACACAUUUUUGUUUAAUAACUGGGUAGGCACUUAUGAAGAAGUGCAUUUAAGAAUGAAAGGAUGGCUACUUUAAAAGUCAAAUAUGAGAUUGAGUAGGCGUGUUUUAACUUUUGACUGGUGGUGUAUGCGCAUAUGUCACUUUCUUUUCUAAUGUAAAGUGAAUGGAAGCAAGUCUGCCUGACAGUUUAAAGGAUUUUAUUUGGUCAUUUAACCAUUCACAUCUGUUACCCCCAAGAAUCAAUAAACCUCCAUAUAAACA